GCCAUCCCAUACUGGAAGCACCAGAGUGUGACAGGGCGCUGGAAAGGGGAUGUAAAUAUUCCCUGCACCUAUGGUCCCCUGCAAGGUUACACCCAAGUCUUGGUGAAAUGGCUGGUACAACGUGGCUCAGACCCAGUCAACAUUUUCCUACGUGACUCCUCUGGAGACCAUAUCCAACAGGCAAAGUACUGACAUCACUUACACGUGAAUCAUGAGGUUCCAGGAGAUGUGUCCCUCCAACUGAGUACCCUGGAGAUGGAUGACAAGAGCCACUACACAUGUGAAGUCAUCUGGCAGACCCCUAAUGGCAACCAAGUGGUGAGAGAUAAGAUCACUGAGCUCCGUGUUGAGAAACACUUCCCAAAGCCACUCAAGACCAAGACUGAGGUAACUACAACCUUGCAAUCCCUUUUGGAAGCAAUGUCUACAGUGAACUCAUAUUGGGACUGGACCACUGAAGUGGAUGGCUACCGUGGGGAGACCAGUGCUGGGCCAGGCAGGGGCCUGCAUGUGUUUGCCAUCCUCCUUUUCAUCUCCUUGUUCUGUACAGUGGUUUUCACCAUGGCUUAUAUCAUGCUGUGCCGGAAGAUGUCCCAACAGGAGCAUGUAUAUGAGUUGACCAGGGUGCAUGCCAGGGAGGCCAGUGACUCUGGAGAAACCAUGAGGGUGGCCAUCUUCACAAGUGGCUGCUCCAACAAUGAACCAGCUUCCCAGGCUAUGGGCAGCCACUACUCCGAUGAGCCCUGCCUGGGCCAGGAAUAUCAGAUCAUCGACCAGAUCAACAGUGACUACACAUGCCUUCUGCAAACAAUUCCCCUGGAUUAUCAGCUUCUUGCCACUGAGGGAAAAAGCGUCUGCUAA